AUGAGUCUCGGAAGAACAGUUUACAACGCACUUUUCCGUCGAACAUCUACAUUUGUUGUGACUAUAGUUGUUGGAGGCUUUCUUUUCGAAAGAGUGUUUGAUGAAGGAAUGGAUAACUUAUGGGAAAACAUGAAUCGGGGGGUAAGCAUAAAUGUGUUAUUAUAAGCUUAUAAUUUUGUACUAGAGGGUACAAACUGUAAGUAAAAUGCUGCGAGUAGAUACUGGGCAGUGGUAUACCAUUACUUAUGAAUCUAUUAUAGAAACAACGAGAAGAAUGGGUUCCAUUUUUAAGUUGGGGUUGUAAUACUAUUCCGCUAUAUACAAAUGAGACUUUUACAACCAAACAAUUGGCAUCUUUUUUUACUGCAGUCAUUUCCACAAUGCAUCCCCUCCCCCAACGUCUCUGCCAAAAUAAUAUAACGUGACAGAAUAAAGGGUUUCGUUUAAUGGUGUGUCUCACGAUUGUCACUUUGAAUUGAUAUUGAUCGCAACAUUUCGACUGCACACUGCAGGGCCGAGUUGUUCAAAGCUGGGUGAAGAUAACCCAGGGUUAGUGUGAGAUUUGAAUUCAGAUUUGAAAGCUUAAAAAACAUUUCAGUUUUAAUUCUUUUUGUCUACAAGUUGAUGAUUGGAAGCUCUAAAAAAAACAGAGGAAAUUAUUCGAGAAAAUGCUCUUGAACACAAGAAAAAGAAACCCAGGUUAAAUUUAACCCUGAGUUAGGUGCUAAUCGGCCUUCAAAAAACUGGGCCCAGGUCUUCAUCAGGUGAUAGUGUCAAUUUACUGAGUCAAACUAUUUGUACCACUGUGGUUGUUAAUGAUUGGUGUAUCACAAACCUCGCUCAUGGUUGUGUGAGAAAAUCAGACAUGACAACUGACCUCUAGCACAGCGAACUGCCGAGAAAUCAGUUUCUUCAUCUCACAAUGUCAACAAUGCUUUGGAUUGAAACCCACCAACCAUGAGCGAGGUUUGUGAUACACCAGUCACGGUCGACACUAUCGCCUGAUGAAGACCUGUAGUGUGUGUUCGGAACGUCGCACUCAAUAUCAAAGUGACAAUCGUGAGACAAACAAUAAAACUAAACCCUUCAUACGCAUUAUCAAUGGUGAUUAAUAUCUUUCAUGACAUGACAGCGUAACGUGACUAAUUUCUAAUUUCUAUCGUUACUUAUGUGGGAAAGCUGCAAAAUACACUGGGCAGCUUUAAAGCUCGAGGGGAUUGCUUUAAGUUGUAUCGUCAUGAGAAAAAGUCAGCUGUUGCUGAGGUUUUCCACAUCAUACAAGUAGUUUUAACCUGUAAUUUAUUAGUUUCUUUAAUACUCUAGAUAAUCUCAUUCCUCUGGCUAAUGGUUUAUAUGCUGGAUAGGGCUAUCCAACAUUUGAAAAACUUAGGACAGGAAUACAAAAAAAUGGAAACCUUUUUUUUCCUCGCUGGGUCUUGUCUCCUAACUCCAAAAACAUAAAUUAGUAAUAUCUGCACCUACCAUGAAUAUUAAUUUUAUAUUACUUUCGCCGCAAAGAAAGCAAAAAAAAAAAAUGCAAAAAUUAAUUAUAGGUCAUACUAAGUACUAACAGUAAUAUAUGGAAUUAGCACUGCUGUAAUCUAGUUUAAUAUUUGUAAGUAUUGCCAUGUAAGUGUGUAAAUUCGCUAUUUUUUUUUUCUGUUUAAUACUUUAUUUAUUCUGUGUAUUUUUUUUUUCUUUUCUGUGUUUUACUUGCAAUUAAAAAAAAAAAAAAUUCUUUAAGUUGAUAAAAACCCCCUUUCCAGAGUUACUAUCACUUUUAAUUGAUAUUCGGAAAGUUAGUAUCUCUCUAAAUAUUAGCAUCAGGCAAAGUGCACUGAAAUGCAGUGGCAAGUAGAUGGUGUGUACCAGGGAGUAGCCUGUAAGCAGGCUCACUGGUGCCCAAUUUCAGGGAAAAGUUUUGCAGGCCAACAAGUAAGUGAACCUGAAGGCGAGCCAUUGAGUUUUAAAUUCCUUGUGCUCAAUGACCAAAACAGUGAUCUAAUACCGGUAGGUUAAAAGUGACAGGCUACAUAACUAUCACAGACAUUGGGCGUAAACAACAUAAACAUUUACACAUCAAACUUAGUGGAAAGAAGUAUUGGUAGGCCUGCAUGACUUUUGUUGCUUGUUUCAACAACUUUCUUGUUAAUGGGUAUAUAAAGCUAUGAGGAUUGUUCUUAAUUUUGAGUAAGCAAAUCAUUAUUUUUUUUUGCUACUUGUCUCACAUCAAGAGGUCAUUUCCUUUGGUUUUUGUUUCCAACAAGAUUGACCCUUCACAUGCAACUUUCUGUCAUUUUUGUCUGUGUUAAUUUGCUUUGUUUUUAUUGGAUGGCAUCUUGACACCUCAAAGCAGGGGAAAUUAAAAAAUCAAUAACCCUUGUGUAGACUCAAUUAUUCUCACACGGGUGGAGCCAGGAAAAAUUGUGACAAACCGUCAGUUACCAAAUCUCAUAAAGAUUUUAUAUUAUUAUUGUAAAAUCUUUAUGAGAUUCAACCCACAAUUAUUAUUGUGGGUUGAAUUGAUUUACUCUGGUAAAGUGCUACAACUUGAAAUUUCUGCUCUUAGAAACUACAUGUAUUUGGGACUUGGAAGUCAGCAAAUGGGUUUGUGCAUUUCAAUAUAAUAUUAAUAUAUUAUUUAUUUUUCACCAGAAAUUGUGGAAUCACAUCAAGCACCGUUAUGUCAAAGAUGCAGAUGAAGCAGAUGAAUGACAAACAAAAUUUUUGUAUUCUAUGAACAUUGGCUGCUGUUGUAAACUUUUAAAGAAUGAUGCCUGGAGCCUUAUAAAUACCUGGAGCUGAUGAAUGAGACUUUUCAUCUGAAUGCAGAGCAGCUGUACCUUUUUGUUUAUGUUGUCUUCCUGACUGCAUUAAAUAAAUAAUUUGUAUCUCAACUUGGAUUUAAUAGGAUGAUUAAGAUACUGGAGUUUGUUUGCCAAAAAUAUUUUCUUUCGACACCGUGUAAUAAAGGGAUGAUCAUUUUCCUUCUGUCUUUCUUUUUU